AUGCAAACUGUGCCUGAUGCCACAUCCACUUUCACCAAGCCAACCACCAUCCUCAUGUUUGAUUGCCUUUUCCCUUCCCUCUAUCUGUCUUUCUACCCCCAUAACUGUACCCUCCCCAUCGUCAGUGCCGAAACCCUCCCCGUCGCCAGUGCCAACACCCUCCCCAUUGCCAGUGCCAACACCCUCCCCAUUGCCAGUGCCAACACCCUCCCCGUCGCCAGUGCCAACACCCUCCCCGUCGCCAGUGCCAACACCCUCCCCGUCGCCAGUGCCAACACCCUCCCCGUCGCCAGUGCCAACACCCUCCCCGUCGCCAGUGCCAACACCCUCCCCGUCGCCAGUGCCAACACCCUCCCCAUCGCCAGUGCCAACACCCUCCCCAUCGCCAGUGCCAACACCCUCCCCGUCGCCAGUGCCAACACCCUCCCCAUCGCCAGUGCCAAACCCCUCUCCACCUCCUCCAACGUCAUCUCCCAAUGUCAAGCCGUCUUCUUGGUGAAGGAGAUGGCAAGCAAGCACCAUCCGCAUCUUGUGCGUCUGUUGGGCUAUUGCAUCGACUUCGACCUCUCCACACGACUCAUGGAGCAGAUCCUCGUUUACGAGUUCAUGCCCAACCACGACCUUGAGAGCUGGAUUGGUUCUGGUGUCUCCCAUCCUCUUUUGCUUCGUCAAAGGCUUGACGUUCUGAUUGGAGUGGCAAAGGGGUUGCAGUAUCUUCAUGACUUUGGCAUUGUGCAUCGCGACAUCAAACCUGCCAACAUUCUCCUUGAUGCAAAGAUGCAGGCCAAGAUUGCAGACUUUGGGCUUGUGAAGCUUGGUGGGGGCACUGCUAUGGGCACGUCUGUGGCUGCCACUCGAGUGAUGGGAACACCGGGCUAUGUGGACCCUGCGUAUUUCAAGUCUCAUAAGGCCACUCCAGCAGCAGAUGUGCACAGUUUUGGCGUGGUGACGCUGGUGGUUAUCACGGCGCGCAAGGCUGUCCAUGUAACAGAGGAAAACCAGAUCAAUCUCAAACAAUGGGUGGCCCCGUUGGUGGACUCUGGUGCUGUAUUGGCAUUCAAGGACCCUCACUUGGACGCACCAGAUGACUUGGUGCUGCGCUGGGCUCGCCUUGCCCUCUCGUGCACCGCCAUGCCUGCAGCCUCCCGCCCCUCCAUGAAUCAAGUGCUUUGGGAGCUGGUGAAGUUGAAGCAGGAGGCGUCCGGAGCACAUGAGGGUCAUGUGGGCGAGGCCAAAUCUCGCAUUGACAUGGAGCUUGGGAGCUCCAUUGGCUCCUCCAGCUUCACUGCUGAAAUGGCCCGUGCGGAGCGCGAGGGGGGCAUGCCAAGUGGCUCUUCCACGUAA